AUGGGGUUAUUAGCUCUCGGCACACCUCUGGAUUGGCCAGAAGCCAAGCAAAAUGCCGAUCAGGUCCGCGAAUGGGGCAUCAAGCAACUCCUGGAGAUAUGGAACAAGGCCAAGGGGAAAGAGUCAGAUGCCCUGCUUUGGGGUGACGAGGUCGAGUAUCUCGUAGUGACACACUCAAAGGAUGACCCUCGUGUCCUCCUAUCCCUCAGGCAGGCAGAUAUCCUUGAGGCCCUGGCCUCGGACACCAAUCUCACUGCGAAGGGUGGUUGCGUCCCGGCUCUUCAAGAUGUAGCUGGAGCAAGUGCGAAUGAGCCCCUUCCUGUGUUCCAUCCCGAAUUUGGAAGGUUCAUGCUGGAAGCCACUCCGGGCAAGCCAUGGGGCAUUGAAUUUAGAGAACUCCUUAAAGUGGAACCAGACAUGAUCCUCAGGCGAGCCAUCGCAAAGGACCACAUGAGACCAGAAGAGUUCCCCAUCACUCUCACGACUUUUCCCAGGAUAGGAAGCCCCGGUGUCUUCACCGACCCGCACUAUCCGGUCUCUGGGCCAAAGCUGCGCUCCCAGUUCGUGCCUGACGAGAUCGCGAACCCUCAUAUCCGCUUCCCUACCUUGGCUGCAAACAUUCGCUGGCGGCGAGGCAGGAAGGUCCAAGUGAAUGUACCAGUCUUCAAGGAUAAGAACACGCCCUGGCCAUGGAAAGAUCCCACUGUGAAUUACAAUCUUCACAACUGGCCAGAGGACGACGAUGUAAGGAACGGAGCCGCUCCGGACAACUUUAUUCACAUGGACGCCAUGGCUUUUGGUAUGGGCAGUUGUUGCUUGCAGAUCACCUUCCAGGCCAAGAAUAUCACCGAGGGCAGGAAGAUGUAUGAUCAGCUUAGUCCACUUGGGCCCAUCCUGCUCGCCCUGACGGCGGCUACCCCCAUCUACAAGGGCUUCCUGGCAGACACAGACGUCCGGUGGAACCAGAUCAGCCGGGCUGUCGAUGACCGGACACCUGAAGAGCUGGCCGAGAAGAAGCUCCUCGACGGCGGCAUGGACGACCGGCUGGCGACGCACUUCGCACACCUCUUCAUCCGGGACCCAAUCGUCAUCUUCAAGGAGGACCUUGAGAGCCUGGACAUGAGCAAGACGGACCACUUCGAGAACAUCCAGUCGACCAACUGGCAGCACAUGCGCUUCAAGCCGCCGCCGGCCGACAACAACAUCGGCUGGCGCGUCGAGUUCCGGCCCAUGGAGAUCCAGGUCACCGACUUUGAGAACGCCGCCUUCGCCGUCUUCAUCGUGCUCAUCACCCGCGCCAUCCUGUCCUUCGACCUCAACUUCUACAUCCCCAUCGCCAAGGUCGACGAGAACAUGGAGACGGCCCAUCGCCGUGACGCCACCCUGAAUGAGAGGUUCUACUUCCGCAAGAACCCCUUCACGACCCGCUCGCCGCGCGCCAGCGGCGCGAACACCCCCAACGGCGGCAUCAGCAGGCCGCCCACGCCGCUGGGGCCAGUCGAGGACGAGUACCGGCUCAUGAGCGUCAACGAGAUCAUCAACGGCACGGCGGCCGCGGCGGGAGGCGACGCCGCGGGUGACGACGGCCUAGACGACGGCGAGAGUUUCCCGGGGCUGAUCCCUCUCGUCGAGAGCUACCUGGACAGCGUCAACGUCGACGUCGUCACGCGCUGCGAACUGGCCACCUACCUGGACCUGAUCCGGCGACGCGCCAGCGGCGAGCUCUGGACCGCCGCCAAGUGGAUCCGCCACCUCGUCGCCGGUCACCCCGCCUACAAGGGUGACAGCGUCGUGUCCGAGGAGGUCAACAAGGAUAUCGUCGGCGCCGUCAUCGAGAUCGGGGAGCGGGAGUGCUCGGGGAAGGGGUUCGGGGACCUAAGCCACGUCCCCGGUCUGGCGAACCUCCUGGGCAACUUCCGCCGUGGAAAGAGGUGUACCUGA